AUGCUGCUGGAGAGCAGCCUGCUGGAUGCUUUUGUGUACCCGAGCAGGGAGGAACAGGACCUGGAGCUGCUGCAGACCCUGACCCCUGGCAGGCCUGCCUUCCUGGAAAAGCGGGAAAUGCUAGAAUCCUCAGACUUUUGUGAGAUGGGAGAACAGAGAAAGAGGACACAGUGGGUAGAGGGCAGUGGAGCAGUGAAAGAGCAGAGGCAGCAAGGGGCCAAGUGCCUGAAGAGGAAUUGCCAGGAGUGCCUUCUGAAGCAGGAGGAGAUUCUGCUGACUCUGGUCAAGGAUCCAGCAGUACUGGAGUCUCUUCUGCCUACUUCAGAGAGCCAAAAGCAGCCUGUCAGGGACCUGGGUCUUGUAUUUGCCACUCUGCUGACUGCCAGGUCAGAAGAGCAGCUGAGCAGUGUUCUGCUGACCUUCCUGGAGACACCCAGAUUUGUGAACUUUGAUGGAAGGAACAUCAGAGCAGAAAGGUCUUGCCUCAGGGAUAUGAAUGUGCUGGACUUGCCUCCAGAUGGGACAAACCUGACCUCCAAGAACAUCUCUGUUACUAGUGAAGGCUCCAGCACUAUAGCUGUGUACAGCACCAAUGGGAUUCCUGCCGGUGGGAAGGCAAUGCCAGAGAACUUGGUGGAUGCCUUGGUUUACACAUGUGAGCCUGGCACAGCUGGAGGACACUUGGGCUUCCUUGGGCCAUCUUACACUGUGCCCUGCAAGCGUGAUAGCCAUCCCCAAAAUCACACCAAGAUUGAAAUGAAUGAGCGCAGGCAGAUGGCAGCAGACUUCUAGCUCUCCUGGGCACAGCUGGGCCUGAGAGCCCUGGGGCCAGCCACGUGUCCUGGGGGAGCAGAGCGGGUGAACA